AUGGCAGUUAAAAAGUGUUGUAUUGAAAACUGCCACUCAUGUUCAACUAGAAAAGAAGAUAAAGGUGUGACAUAUCACAAGUAUCCUAAAGAUUUAUCUUUACGCACCAAAUGGAUAUCUGUUACACGGCUCAAACACUUUGACGUAGGAACAACCUCAUAUGUGUGUUCCCGUCACUUUUGUAAAAGUGACUUCCAAGUUUACAAGGACUCUAAAUAUAUUUUAAAGUCAGAUGCUGUACCAUCAAUUUUUACUUGGGCUAUAGAAUUAUCAAAUAUGGAUUCCAAUAUAGCAAAUGCGCAAUCAGUUGAAAAUAUAAAAGAUUUAUCAUCAAGCAGUAAAGAGUCAGAACCUGAAAAUUUAGAUGCAAUUAAAAAGUUUAUAGAGGACCAAGAAAAAGAGAUACAGGAGCAGAAAUGUGAGGGUAAACAUUCAAUGUUAGAAGAUCAAAUUAAUACAGACAUGAGUCAAGUCAAAGAGGAACUUCCAGAGUGUAAAAAGCAAGAGGAAACUUUAGCUGUAGCCACUAGUGUAAUGGACCUAAUAUUAAAUGAAUCAGAGACACGAAUCUUAUCUAAAAAAGAAGACACAGAAUGCCUUAGUGCUGCUAAAAGAGGUAAUAGUACAGCUUUGACAGUUGGUUCUAAAGUUGAAGCAAAGGAUUUUGGAGAAUUUUGGUAUCCAGCUCAAAUUGUUGAGGUAGAUUAUGAUGAGAUGGAAGUAUUGGUGCAUUAUGAUAAUGCUUCUAAAAAGCAUGAUGAAUGGAUAAAUAUCAGUAGUCCUAGGCUGCGACCAUUCAGUAACAGUCCAUCACAGUCAAUAAGCCCUGUGACUAAUGCAGAAACUGUAAAAGGCGAAACUAGCAUAGUAAAAGAAGAAAUUAAGCAAGAAGACAAACCUAAAUUAAAGUUUGUAGUUGGAGAAAGGUGUUUGGCACGAUGGAAAGAUAAUCGAAGAUUUAUGGCUACUGUAAAUAAAGAUUUAGGCAAUGGCUCUUAUGAAAUUAUAUUUGAUGAUGGCUUCCAUUGGAAAUGUACCACAUGCAGGCUGUAUAAAGUAAAACAAUCUUCAGAAAGAAAUUCUGACCUUUUAACAGUUGAUACAUCCUCACCAUCAUCAUCUUCCGCUUAUCCUUCUCCUAUUCCUUGUGGGGCUGGUCCUAGUAGUACUGUUGUAGGGUUAAAUGAUCCACAAUUACCUAUUUUCCACACUCACCUCUUUGACCCAACCCGUGAUUAUUUAGGUUCAAAAAGCGAGCGACGCGAGAAGAAACGCAAGUUAAAUAUAAAAGAGAUAUUUAAUAUUGGUCAAAAGAAGAGAAGAAAGCAAAAACCACAAGAGGAUACGAAUGACUCCGCGCCUAAAACGGUUAAGCAGAGAAAACCUAGGGUGGUCCAAAAGAAAAUAAAAGAAGAAAAUGACAUGCAAGUGAAAACGGAAAUAAAAAAUGAAGUUCCUGAUGCUGUAGCAUCUAUUAUUGGUACGGUGGCGAAGGAAGAGUUGGUCAUUAAGCAGGAAGUAAUAUUGGAUGAUGAAACUAUAACUUCACUUAAUGACCAGACAAUACACAAUCUUGAUAGACUACCUCAAAAUGUGGAAAAUGAUGAACAACUGAAUGAUUCAGGCAGAAAUGAUGAAUCAGAUAUAUCAGAUACUAAAAACAGUAUUGAUCCAGUGUUGGAAGAGGAAACAAAACUUGAAAACUUUGAAAUGAUAGAUGACCGAGAGCAUGAGGAAGUUAUUGAUAGGAUUAAAGAAGUUAUUACCAAAUUAGAAGAUGGAAUAAGUAAGGCAGAAAGAAUAGAAUCACCAAAGGUGGAAGUUAAAGAAGAGGAAAGCAAAAAUGUUAAAGAACAAGAAGUAACCAUUACUCCAGAAGAAAAUAAAGAGGCGAACGUAAUACCCGUUGGGGAUUCAGAGAAAAUAAAAACCGAACCAAAUGAAGGGAAGAUUAAAAAAAUGUCUAAAUUGAAAAAAAGUAAAAAGUUGAGAUUGAUGCAGGAAAAAAAGGUUAAGAAGCAGGUGGAGAAAGUAAAAAGUGAAUUAGAAGAGAUGAAACGCCAGGUUGAAGAGAUGAAGAAACAAAUGUUAUUAAAAACUGAAGUGUUAUCUAGUCCUCAGCAGAAGCAAGAAAUGCCAGAAAGCUUUUUAUUGCCUGGAGAGUGGUGCUGCAGAUGGGUGAAUGGACAACCAGUGGGAGCUGUGAGUGAAAUAGAAGGUGAAGUUAAAGUUGAUGCAAACAGUAAGCCAGCUCUACCAAGACGAAGUGUUCAGGUUGAAGACAAACGGCUGCCUGAGGGAUGGACAAAGCACAUGGUACGACGGAGCUUCGGAAAUUCAGCUGGAAAAUGGGAUGUUGUUUUAGUUAGUCCGGACAAUCGACGCUUCCAUACGAAAACGGACAUGCGAAACUAUCUCGAGCAAAAUCCCAGUGAAGAACUCAAACAAUACGAAUAUGCAUUACUUGACUUCGGAGUUCAUCUUAAACUCUCAAGACGUAUGGGAUGGGUCACGCAGACCGGUACAGAAGAGCCAGUCAUUCCGCUCCCAGCCGGAUUGAUGAGCAGUACAUCACCUCUCGUGAAAAGAAAAAAAUUAAGCCUGAAUCGGGUAAAGGGUAUUAUUAAAACAAAGCAGAAGAAGAGAAGGUUGGGCGUGGGUGGCAAAAUUCGAAAAAUGCGACAUCGUGUUAAUGAUGUAUUACCAGGGCCAAGUAACGUUGCAACAGAUUUAGAACCGUUUGCCAUGCACGCUGAAACUAUUGACGACAAUCCAACAUUAGAAGAUGGAUACGUCUAUGUUGGGGCAUUAAAAGUUCAAAUUAUUGAAAAUUUAUUGCGCUGUCCGGCUGACGGUUGUUUAAAGAACUUCAGAAAUAACACAUUGUUAAAGAUGCACAUAAAACAUUAUCAUAGGGAACUUAGGAAGAAGCUUGGUGCUACGCCAAAGGUCCUAGAUUUAGCCUAUGCUAGAACAAAACCUACGGAAGCAGAAAUGAAAAGACAAAGAAACGAAACAGAGAGUAAAAUCAUAAAGGUAAAAAUACCAAGACCACCAAAACGCACUGAAGAAUCAAAAAUAGAUAUGAAAGAGCUUGAUUCUGAACUUCAAGUGGAUAUACCGCUUUCACCUACCAAGAAUGUAGAUAAUAUUUCAAAGGCUCAAGAUUCCCCAAAAUUGCGUAAUGCGCUCGCAAACAAACCAGUGAAAAGACCUCGUGUCCUACUUCCUGUGAGAAGACCCGAAUCAGAAGUAACUGACAGAAGAGAAGAAGUGGGACUGGACGUAAGAGGGCAUACACCAGUUAAUAUACCAGAAGUUCAAGUACUAGAUUUCGAAACUGCCAUAUCGACUCAUACUGUCACAAAACCAGUCGUAGAUGGUAAAAGGAAAGGAGAGAAGAGGCGUAAAGGUUUCGCCUCAUUUGCAAAAAGAUCAAUGAGUGAGGAUGAAGAGUGGUUGACUAUGAACUCCGACGUAGAGACAAGGUCCAGCUUUCCCGGUUCUGCGACACCGGAUUCAAAGACAAUGGAUAAUAAAUCAUAUACUAAUGCAGCUGCUUCAUCAGAGUCCAACGAGGAACAGAAGGAAUCGAUGUAUAUGUACACUGAAAAUGGCGAGCGCAUAAAGAUAGUUCAGAUGAAACGUGAAGAGAUUAUAAAUUGUCAUUGCGGUUUCCGCGAGGAGGAUGGCCUGAUGGUGCAGUGUGAGCUAUGCCUUUGCUGGCAGCAUGCACUCUGUCACAACAUACAAAAGGAGUCAGAGGUGCCGGACAAGUACACGUGCAGCAUCUGCCUUAACCCGCGGCGCGGGCGGCGCUCGAAGAGGUUUCUGCACGACCAGGAGCGGCUGUACGAGGGCGCGCUGGCGGGCGCGCGGCCGAACGAUGCGCUGCGCCGCGCGCACGAGCUCGCCGCCAACCUGCUGCGCGCGCGCGACGCGCUGCACGCACUGCGCGUCAAGUACCACGUCGCCACGAAAAAGAAUCAUCCAAAAUUAUAUUUGUGGGCAAAAGACUGGGAGAAUGCAGAGCUAAACAUGACACAGGAGAAGUUGAACUCUGACUAUUCAGACCUUAAUAUCACAAUUAAUAACAUUGGGAAGGAGAACUUGCCAUUGAAAACCGAUGAUAUCCAAAUGGAUGUCCGUACGCCUUUAUCUGAAGAAAAUGAUGAGAGAUAUAGCAACAGAGAACUUUCCCUUAACUCUCAAACCUUACUAAGUGGGGUGAUGUCGAGUCCCGGUGGUGCAUCUUUAGACCUACCUAUUAGUACUACUGAGUUAGAACGAUUGGCGAAAUCUGUUCAAGCGGCGGAGGGCGCGGUGGCGGCUCCGCAGCCCGAGGCGGCGAUCGAGAACGGCGCGUGCCGCGAGCGCCUGCUGCGCCACAUCCAGCGCUGCCAGGCGCUCAUCGACGCGCGCCUCGACUCCAUAGAGGCGCAGGUCGCUGAGCUUGAAUCCCAGGACCCCUCAUUCGAAGAUGAUGAAACUGCGGACUAUUUUCCUCGCACCAAGCAGACUAUUCAAAUGCUGAUUCGCGAUCUGGAUACUAUGGAGGAGCUUGGAGUCAUUACUUGA